CCCGCCCCCAACCCCCGCCCCUGAGCCUGGGCGUCCGCGGCAGCCUCGCUCGUCCGCGCUCGCCCCGCGCCGCAGCCAUGGGUCCCGGGGCUCCGCGGGUGCCCGCGGUGCUGCUCCUCGCGCUGGGCGCGCUGCUGUGGCCCGCCGCUGGCGCCUGGGAGCUCACGAUCCUGCACACCAACGACGUGCACAGCCGGCUGGAGCAGACCAGCGAGGACUCCACCAAGUGCAGCAACGCCAGCCUCUGCGUGGGCGGCGUGGCGCGGCUCUCCACCAAGGUGCAGCAGAUCCGCCGAGCCGAGCCCAACGUGCUGCUGCUGGACGCCGGCGACCAGUACCAAGGCACCAUCUGGUUCACCGUGUACAAGGGCACCGAGGUCGCGCACUUCAUGAACGCCCUGGGCUACGAUGCCAUGGCACUGGGAAACCAUGAAUUUGAUAAUGGUGUAGAAGGACUGAUCGAUCCAUUCCUCAAAAAAGCAAGUUUCCCAGUUCUGAGUGCAAACAUUAAGGCAAAGGGACCACUAGCAUCUCAAAUAUCAGGACUUUAUUUGCCAUAUAAAAUUCUUACUGUUGGUGGUGAAGCUGUGGGAAUUGUUGGAUAUACUUCAAAAGAAACCCCUCUUCUCUCCAACCCAGGAACAAAUUUAGUAUUUGAAGAUGAAAUCACUGCACUGCAACCUGAAGUAGACAAACUAAAAACUCUAAAUGUGAACAAAAUUAUUGCCCUGGGACACUCUGGGUUUGAGAUGGACAAACUCAUCGCGCAGAAAGUGAGGGGUGUGGACGUCGUGGUGGGAGGACACACCAACACCUUUCUCUACACAGGCAAACCACCUUCCAAAGAGGUGCCUGCUGGGAAGUAUCCAUUCAUAGUCACCUCUGAUGAUGGGCGGAAGGUGCCUGUGGUCCAGGCCUAUGCUUUUGGCAAGUACCUAGGCUAUCUGAAGGUUGAGUUUGAUGAAAAAGGAAAUGUCGUCACUUCAUCCGGGAAUCCCAUUCUUCUAAAUGCCAGCAUUCCUGAAGAUCCAAACAUAAAAGCAGACAUUAACCAAUGGAGGAUACAGUUGGCUAAUUAUUCUACUCAGGAACUGGGGAGAACACUUGUCUAUCUGAAUGGCUCCACCCAGUCAUGCCGCUUUAUGGAAUGCAACCUUGGCAACCUGAUCUGUGACGCUGCGAUUAACAACAACCUGAGACAUCCAGAUGAAAUGUUUUGGAGCCACGUGUCCAUGUGCAUUAUAAAUGGAGGCGGCAUCCGAUCACCCAUAGAUGAGCGGAACAACGGCACCAUUACCUGGGAGAACCUGGCUGCUGUGUUGCCCUUUGGAGGCACGUUUGACCUGGUCCAAUUAAAUGGUUCCAUCCUGAAGCAGGCUUUCGAGCACAGUGUACAUCGCUAUGGCCAGUCCACUGGAGAAUUCCUGCAGGUGGGCGGAAUCCAUGUGGUGUACGAUCUUUCCCGAAGACCAUGGGACAGAGUGGUCCAGUUACAUGUUCUUUGCACCAAGUGUCGAGUGCCCGUUUAUGAGCCUCUCGAAAUGCAUAGGAUAUAUAAGGUGAUCCUUCCAAGCUAUCUGGCCAAUGGUGGAGAUGGAUUCCAGAUGAUAAAAAAUGGAUUAUUAAAACACGACUCUGGUGACCAAGAUAUCAACGUGGUUUCUCAGUACAUCUCAAAGAUGAAAGUAGUUUACCCAGCCGUUGAAGGUCGGAUCAAGUUUUCUGCGGGAAGUUAUUGCCACGGAAGCUUUCCUUUAAUAUUUCUUUCAUUUUGGUCAGUGACCUUUCUCUUGUACCAAUAGCCAGCAUUCUCCUUGCCAUUAAUAUGAACUGUAUUUGUCUUCCACGUGAGAUUCCAACCUGCCUUCAGGACCUGGCGUUACAUCACAGACUGUCCUCACGGACUCCUAAGUGCUGAAGCUUAGAGCACUGUGAAAGGAAAACUGACAUCAUCACUCAGGGUCGCAACUUAAUGAACAGAUGGAGAAGUAAAUCGACCAUGUUUAGUUUAUACAUCCAAAUUUUCCUGACAUUUUGUUAGCAACUUUAAAUCGCAGAAACAAUUUUUCUCUCACCUAUCUUAUUUCUAAUACAUGAAACAACUUAUAAGUUUACACAGACCAGGCACAUUGCCUCAUUUAAUGGCCAUAACAUUCUUUGGUGGGUAAUUUAGGUGUUGUUUUCCUCAUUUACACACGAGCAAACUAAAACUCAGAAAGAGUUGACUUGUUCAGCUCUGUUCAUCUAGUUAAAAGUGACAGAUCAAGGCCAGGACUUUAGGUCUUUAAACAUCAAGUUGAA